CUUCUCGUCGCUGCCGGUCGCAUCAGGAUUGCGACUGAGGGCAUGCGCAUGCACCAUCGUUAGCCACCUUCCAUAGGAAGUGGCUCGAUGAGGCCGUUGCUUGUUCCUUGACAUGCACUCACCUCUAGCCACGUCCAACUGAAGUUUGUCGGCUUUCUCUCUUCCAACUUUGAACUUGGCACGCCCGACCACCGACAUCGUGUUAAGCGACUGCACGCGCCGCGCCAGCCAACAUGGCCAGAAAUGUGGUCACCAUCCCCGUCUGGAAUGACUCAGAUGGCCAGCAUGCGUCGAGCAAGGAUCGCUCUCGCAAUGAUGGCUACUUCGAAGAGCGCCUUGGAGAACUAUGGAUGAGAGAGCGCGGCCAAGCGCAACCAGGUGUUGUGUACAGAUUGGAUCGCAUGCCUGCCGGCUAUUCAGGGUGGGAGAAGCGACGAGGGGAUAGUAAACACGUCGAUCGAUAUAUCGCUGGCCAUCCGAGUGGAAAGGACUUUCGAUCGCUAAAUGAAGCGUGGCCUCACUUCCAACAUCUUAUCGCACACGGCAGUGCACAUGGGUGCCUGUGUGUGUUGUGCACGGGCGGCCGGAAGAAAACCAAGACGAAUAGAAGUGGCUCGCUCACAUCCGGUAGUUCUGGACUACAGUCGCGCCACUUUGGUCCUUCAUCGACGUCAGCAGUUGCCAAACCUGUUAAAGUCGCUGCACGAAAGACGCAGAAUACUUUCGACUCAGAUUCAGAGACACCACAACGCGGCAAGCAAGCUGACCCAGAAGGCAUUCCGGAUUAUUACCGUAUUCUUCUCGACAAAGUGAAGGCCGCUGGUCCCGACGGGAUCGUGCGUGAAAAUGUAAUCGAUCAACUAUCGCCGGACUGGCGAGCAGGCCAUCAGAUGCUACAGGGCAUGCUUGAAGAUUGGUCUCAGCAGCCCAGCUUCGUACCUAGAAUUGGGGAACUAGUACUAUUCAUCCGUUCCCUCGGCCAUGAAGACACCUUAGCAUGGGAUGCUAACUCGAAAUGCUUGCGGCCUCGGAACUCGAAAGGCUGGCUUGACCACUAUCGAUGGGAAACCGGAGUGGUAACACAAUCGCCUAUAGAGUCGGUGUCGCACGAUGACCUGAUUGGCGUUCCAGCGAGCAAGACACACAAUGUGACUUAUUCUGGUUUCCGCGUGGAGCCAUUGCCCGAGCCGGGAAGCCAGUCCAAAACAUACAGCUCACAGCACAAAUACGUACCGCUUCAUGCUCUCCGACCAUUCUUGUACUGGAGAGAGUGUCUGGGAAGCACAGACGAGCAGGACUGGCAUCCGACGGUCAAGCACGCAUUGACGGUUGCGAGCUCUUGGAGCCUGCUUGGGAAGUACAAUUUCACAGGUAGCUGGCCCGAAGCCACACUGUUCUGUCGCGGAGUGUACAUUGGCCCUGAGUUGAUUAUGAUGGGCGACCUGGUUCGCCUCGAGCCUCGCCCAAAAGACAGCCGACAGGAUGCCAUCGUGGAUGUCAUGGUGGUGUCAUCUAUUCGCCUUCGCUUCGUUAAGCUUGAUGAAUCCAGCGACGAUGAUUACGAUGAUGGAGAUCCUUACACGACGUGCCUGCACAUUGCUGGUAAGGUUUGGAGUCUGGAUCCGAAACGCAGCUUUGCGGGAAUUGGUGCUUCGCCCGCCAAGCCAAAUCAACCUGGCUUCCCAUCCGAGCUUGCAGGUUAUGGGAACUGGUUCAAUGUGACUGACCCUUCAAACGAGCGGCAGAAGCUUGAGGUGCCCUACACCAGGGUGCUGGGCCGCUGUCUUGCUAAGGACGCUCUACAUCGCUGGUUUCCAACAUCCGACAAGGGGCUUUCGAAUAAUGGGCAAGUCGCUCGCAGUCAGCCAUUAGAAUUAUCGCAAGGUCUACACAGUAUGCGAGAAGCGCGAGCUUACUCAAGAGCUCAUGACACUCGCAUCGAUCGCGCUAGUGGCCAGUCAUGGUUCUGGGCAGAGACACGCAUAGAACAACUUGACCUGCACGAAAUCAAUGGAAAAUUCGUUGGUUCCAAGGAGGAAGCCCGCGAUAGAAAGCAAGUGAAUGCAUGGCGUCAAGCAUUGAAGGUUCUUGACGGAAAGAAGGGCAGCCUCGAUGAGUAUUUCGCUGCAAAGAGACAGCGCGAGGAGGAAUCGAAGCAGCCAACGAGCAGCGCAUUCGGUAUGAUGGCUUCCGUCGCUCAGGGAGAUAGUGCAACUGAGGGCGAUGCUGCGCAGGGUGAGGACUUGAUGGACGUGGACGAUGAUGCUGCCUCCUCACGUCGUAGAAGCUCGAUGCAGAUGCUAUCGAUGGACGAACACGAAGGCGACGAUGACUCCGUCAUGAUCAUCGAUGACUGACCGGACGCAGGGCAUGAAGGGUAUUACUGAUAUGCGCACUGCCAACACCUUUGCCUGUCCAGCCAUAUUGGGCCUACACUUGCGGCUUGGAUGACUCGGACCUGAAGCAAGAGUAAGUAGAACACAUGAUGGCUUCAUGUCGCUAUGCGAAAGCAGCGCGGCGUUCGAAACCACACUCGAGCCGUGCACGUUCGCCCAUGCCAGCAUCUAUGUCUCACGGAGCAGAGGCAUCGCAGGGCCAUCGAGGUGACAGCGCACACGAGUCAUUCAAGCCAUGUAGAAAUGGAGC